AAUUUGUCCUGGAAGAGAAAAAUAGUUUUACUUGCGAGAAGUGCGGCGAUGUCCUCGCGGACGAGACCGCGCUUCAUUUUCACAAAACGACCGGGUUUUGCCGGCCGAACAAGUCGGUGAAAGAAUUGCGCACAUUGCGGGUCGCGCGAAUGGUGGAG